AUGCCUGCGCGCUCAAAGUCUGCACAAUUAACGCCUGCGAGGAAGAGCGGGAGCACAAAGUCCGAGCGGAAGCCCGCGUCACGGAGGAGCGGGGCAAGAAAGAGUGCCAAGUUGAAUCCGGCUACUGUCUCAGCCGACGACUCGGAGGAACAGGCGGAAGAGUCGAGUGCGGAGGACGAACACGCGUACCAGGAUGAUGGAGUGCAAGAAGAUGACGAGGAUGACGAGCUCUCGUUGCACAGCGAUGCACUGGAUGAGGACUCGGAUGAUCAGGCAAAGAGGAGGCCGAAUAAGCGGAAACGUAGCGCGCAAUCGCGCUCACCGGUGAAGUUUAAGCAAACGGUAAACAAGAAGAGGAAGAAUAAGGCAGAGAGCGAGGAAGACGACGACAACGACGCGUUGAACUUGAAGGAAGGUCAGGAGGUUGUAGGUACUGUAGUCCAAGCGCCGAAGACUGGCAGAGUACCAGCCGGACAGAUAUCUCGCAAUACGUUCGAUUUUCUGACACAACUCAAAAAUCCAGAAUGCAACGAUCGCGAAUGGUUCAAGCUGCAUGAGCCCGUCUAUCGCCUCGCAGAGAAGGAGUGGAAAGACUUCGUGGAUGAGUUCACCAAUGUCCUUGUCGAAAUUGACUCCCAAAUCCCACAUCUGCCACCAAAAGAUGUCAUUCACCGUAUUUAUCGUGACUGCAUUGUAUCGUUCAAGUCUGAGUGGAGUUCUGAUGGUGAUACCUGGGGCUUGGUCUCACUUCCAUACAGCGCUAUCAAACCUGGUGGACAGAGUUUGAUUGCAGCAGGCAGCUGGUGUCCGGGUAAGAACGAACUUGCCACCAUUCGGAAUAAUCUCCUGCGCUCCUCAACGCGCUUCCGGAGACUCAUAUCGGCCCCUGAGUUCGUCAGGUAUUUCGGCGAACCGAAGCCGCGUCCCGACGGAGACCGACAAAAUAUCUUUGGGGGCGAAGAUGAACUGAAAGUUGCGCCGAAAGGCGUUGAGAAAACCCACAAGGACAUAGAUAUACUUAAAUGUCGAUCGUUCGCAGUUUUACAUCGAUUCAUGGACAGCGAAGUCCUUGCACCCGAUUUUAAGGAGACCUUGGGGAAAGUAGUGCGAGUGGUGCGGCCUUUUGUGCAUUGCUUAAAUGACCUGAUGACUCUGCAAGAUGCAGGAAACUCAGAUUCGGAUGACGAACAUGGAGAAGAUGAAGAUGCAGACGAUGAUUAG